AAAUGAAUUUUCCCCUAAACUAAAGAGGGAACUCCGGGUGCCCUCCUUCUCCUCCAAGUCCCUUCCUUUUCACCAAAAAAUCCAACAGUUGCGUCAAUCCUCAUUUAGUUUUUUGGCAUAGAGAACUGCAUGUUUUAAAAAAUACAAAGUUGUCCAGAUGGCAAACUGAAUCUAAUUACCAAAGUAAUCGUAUCUAAAAUAGAAUUCGUUAAAUGAUUAUUUUAGUGACGUGAAAAGUGCUUCAAGUAGUUGGAUAUGCUCCACAUAAGCAAACAUUUUCUUUGGAAGUUUGUUUGGGAAAUCUUGCUGUCUAAAGUGGCUUUGCAGAACCGUGGUGUGGAUAUUGAUAGGUGCUGCUGUGUGUAUGUGAUCAGAAUGAGGAAUCCAAUUAUUAUUUAUUUUUUAAAUGUCACUGGAGUACACAAGUUUGGGCAGAAAGCAUUAAGGACCGUGUUGCAGUUACACUGUGGAGCAUAUGGAACAACCGAAACAGUUGCUCCUUUCAGCAUAGAUGUUCAAAACAUGACCUUACGGUUCAUUGGAUCUCAAAAUACAUCACGGAAUACACAAAGUGCGGCUGAAGUUGGAAACAAGAUCAGACAGUUGGAGAAUAGAGUUUCGCCAGUUGUCUGGCAACCACCACAGGGGGAUAUAAUAAAGAUUAAUACAGAUGCUGCUGUCCCACAAAAUCAGAACACAAUCAGUCUAGGAGUUGUCAUCCGGAGUAGUGAAAGUAAGGUUUUAGGGGCUGCACAAAUAAACUGCACUUUCAAGGGGUCAGUUCUUCAAGCUGAGGUUAUGGAAAUUGAUUUUGCACUACAAUUAGGAAAGGAAUUUGGCUGCAAAAGAGUUGAAAUUGAAUAUGAUAGUGCAUAGGCUGUAGCUAUAGCCAACCCUACCGAUGAAUGCAUCUUCCUUUGGGAGCAAUUGUUGAGAAACUUCGAGCUAGAAAGUCUUAUUUUUUCUCUGUAUUAAACAUGUAAAGAGAGAUUGCAAUGUGUUGGCUCAGAGACUGGCACAUCUUUUGUCUCCUUCUCCACCUUGGGAGGGUGUUUGGUUUGAAUCUCUACCCUGCUUUAUGUACUGUUUCUGAUUACUAAGCAAUAAUAUAUCUCUCUUAUA